GUGAAUUUGGAUGUGCUGCUGGUAGUUGGUGCUUGCUGAAACCGAUCCAGAACGAAGCAACAUUUUUAUAGUGAUGAAAUGACUUCAGGCUUUGUCCUUAAGGGAUGAGAGAAGCACCUCAACAAAAGAGAGCAAAUGACUAGUACAGUUGACCUUUUCAGCCUUUGGAUUCUGAGUGCAUCUGACUCGACCAGACAGGUCUGGGGAAGAGAAAAAUUAACAGCAGAUGGAUUUAUGAAAAGAGGUUCCUUUGUUGGAGAGCAUGUUGCUGUGACAGUGAUAUCUGUAGAUGAUUUGUGAAGGAGUGCAGAGUCAUGGUCUUACUACUAAAAUCCACUAAAACAUCCCAUUCCCUUCUUCAGUAGUAGACACCUUCUCAUGUCAUGGAACAGAGCCACGAUACUUGGUUAAAAGUGUUAGGAGACAGUCCGGUGCUGCCCUCUGAGAUGGCUUUGAAACCCCAGAAGUCACGUCUGUGUUUGCAUAGGCAUCCAUUGAGAGGUCUGUUUGCUGCUUGUGGUUAAUGGGGCCAAACAGCAGCAGGUGAAAGCACUCUGCGUGGUUCCUCACUGUCUUCAGAUCCUUUUGGCUGAAGGAGAAUUGAUUCCAGCCCAGGUGAACCUGCCAGACAAAUAGCAGAAGGUGAAGUGCAGCGGAAGCAUUGCAUCUUGGAUCCCAGCACAGGGCUGGAGCCUGCUGACAUCCAGAGCAGCGUGAGAAGUCACUGCUUGGGAGCUGGGGGAGGCCAAGGGGAAUGAAUUCAGGAGAGAAAAAAGGCAUCCGUUUUCCUGAGCUCACCGAUAGAAUGCAGGAAAAUAAAAUCAGCGUGGAGUGUGCUGAAGAAAAAUAUCCAGGUCAGGUGGAUUAGAAAGAGAUCCAGUACCAAAUACACGAGGACCAGGUGUUGUUUUUUCAGUGCUCUGUGCUCAUUGCAAGAAAAUCCACCCCAUGAACAUUGAACAAUAGAGGGAAGGCAGAAGGGUCCGGGAAGGAAUGGUGUGGAGGGCACUCAGUGUAUCACAAACUAGAACAUUAGCACCAACAAGCUCCAAAGCAUCAUCACUCUCUGGAAAGCCUUCUGAAUUAGACAGGAGCUGCCUCUCAGCACAGCUACAAAACACUUUAAACCUGACCAGCUAAAUGGAUAAAGCUAUCCUGCACAGCCUUUAACUGGGGGGUUACACGGUACGGGAGGCCUGCCUGCUUCGGGAGCUGGGAGCCGGAGAUGGAUUGCUGUGUCUGGGAAUGGCAAAAGGCAGCAGAAUGAGAGAUGCUAGGGAACUUUGUGUGGGGCUCUGGCAUGCACGCUGGAUGGCGGUGAUGCGAGCGGCAGCCGCGCUGUGACAUGAAGAUUCUGAUGGUCUAAAGGAAAAGAGAGCAGUUUUAAAAAGAAGAGAGAGGCAAAGGGGAAAAAGGCAAAAAGGGGAAGAGAGAGCGAAGAAAACAGCUGGCGAGAGGAAGAGGAGGACAUUUGUUGGUGACAAAAGGAUGGGUUUCCAUUUAAUUAAGCAGCUGAGGGGCAUGAGUGUGGUGUUAGUGCUACUUCCUGUGGUGCUGUUUGUUGUGCUUGCGGGGGCUCAGCGAGCUUGCCCCAAGAACUGCAGAUGCGAUGGCAAGAUUGUGUACUGCGAAUCUCACGCAUUCAGAGACAUCCCUCAGAAUAUUUCUGGAGGGUCUCAAGGCUUAUCGUUGCGGUACAACAGCAUUCAAAAGCUUAAAUCGAAUCAGUUUGCGGGCCUCAAUCAGCUCAUAUGGCUUUAUCUUGACCAUAAUUACAUCAACUCCGUGGAUGAGGAUGCGUUUCAGGGGAUCCGCAGGCUGAAGGAAUUAAUUCUGAGCUCCAACAAAAUUACCCAUCUGCACAACAAAACGUUUCACCCGGUCCCCAACCUCCGCAACCUGGACCUCUCGUACAACAAGUUGCAGGUGCUGCAAUCUGAGCAGUUUAAAGGCCUUCGUAAGCUCUUGAUCUUGCAUUUGCGGUCUAACUCGCUGAAAUCCGUCCCGAUCCGAGUUUUCCAAGACUGCCGUAACCUCGAUUUUCUGGAUUUGGGCUACAACCGCCUGCGGAGCUUAUCCCGAAAUGCUUUCGCUGGCCUUUUGAAGUUGACGGAGCUCCAUUUGGAGCACAACCAGUUUUCUAAGAUCAAUUUUGCCCACUUCCCACGCCUCUUCAACCUUCGCUCAAUUUACUUGCAGUGGAAUAGGAUCCGGUCUAUCAGCCAGGGGUUAACGUGGACUUGGAGUUCCUUGCAUAACUUGGAUUUAUCAGGAAAUGACAUUACAGGGAUAGAGCCUGGGACGUUCCAGUGCCUCCCCAACCUGCAAAAGCUGAACCUGGAUUCCAACAAACUCACCAACAUCUCUCAGGAGACCAUUAAUACAUGGAUCUCGCUCAUCUCCAUCACUCUAUCCGGAAAUAUGUGGGAAUGUACUCGAAGCAUUUGCCCUCUGUUUACUUGGCUUAAGAAUUUCAAGGGAAAUAAGGAAAGCACUAUGAUAUGUGCAGGCCCUAAACAAAUCCAGGGUGAAAAAGUGAGCGAUGCUGUGGAGACAUACAAUAUCUGUGCCGAAAUCCAGGUGGUGGUUACUGAAAGAUCAUAUCAGGCUCCCAAAACCCCCCAGAGACCUGUCUUUAUUCCUAAGCCUACCGUUUCCAAACUUGAAAGCAACCAGCCAACGUCUGUUGUGCCAAGCCCUUCUACUGACCUCCCAACACCUGCAGUAGAACCCGAAUACGAGCACGUUUCCUUUCACAAAAUCAUUGCUGGGAGCGUGGCCCUCUUUCUUUCCGUGGCCAUGAUUUUGUUGGUUAUCUACGUGUCGUGGAAGCGCUAUCCAGCCAGCAUGAAGCAGCUCCAGCAGCACUCGCUCAUGAAGAGGCGCAGGAAAAAGGCCAGGGAGUCUGAAAGGCAAAUGAACUCCCCUUUACAGGAGUAUUACGUGGACUACAAGCCAACAAACUCUGAGACCAUGGAUGUAUCCGUUAAUGGAUCUGGGCCCUGCACGUAUACCAUCUCUGGCUCCAGGGAAUGUGAGGUCCCUCACCACAUGAAGACUUUACCCUACUACAGCUACGACCAACCAGUGAUCAGCUACUGCCAAGCCCACAAACCCCUCCACGUCAACAAGGGCUACGACAGCAUGGCCCGGGAGCAGCCAGAGCCCACCAACCUGGAACUCAGUCGGGACCACAGCUUCAUAGCCACAAUCGCACGCUCAGCGGCUCCGGCCAUCUACAUUGAGAGAAUACCAAACUAGGGCCGGAGGCAGCGGGGAGCUCUUCCGAAGGACCUUUCAGCUCAGAAGAGAGCAGGGCCAGGAGCUAAAAUCCACCAUUCCACUUCGAGAUGUUCCAACACAGACCACGGGAAGGGGAUAAAGCAGACCCCGCAGACUGGAAAUGCUGUCUUGCAGUACACACUGAGAACUUCAGGAUUUUCUUUGCUUUAAACUUUCAAACAAAUUCCUCAAUGUAAAUAUUAAAGAGAGAUUGUUGAGUUCUUAUUAAAAAAAAAAAAUAGAUUUCACUCUAGCUACAUAAAGGGAUGGAUUAAGAGUUUUGUUUGUAUAUUUGAUUUUUCUACAUUGCACGGUUCCAGGGAAGGAGAACCACAGGUAAAAAAUAAAAGGGUGGGGAGGGCAAGGGCUGGGGUGGGAUGGGUCAGCCAUGAUUCCUUAUUGAGUGUUUAUUACUCUUCAAAGAUUUGUUUAAUAUUUUUGGUUCUUUUUCAACGGAGCAAAAGAUAGAUUUAUAUUUUCUUUUCUUUUUUUUCCUUUUCUUUUUUAUUUUUAUUUUUUAUUACUAUUUUUUUAAGUGGUCGAGCUCUAAUAUUUCAAACUUCAGACAUGGGCAUUACAGCUUAUGUUGAACCAAAAGGACACUGGCAAUGGAUGCAGCAGAAACAAAGAAACUUGGGUGCAUGUACAUUUAAGAGACAGGCUGUACACUAUGGAGGGUGCUUUUGAUUUUUACUAUCAUCAUUGUGCUUCAUUGUUGACACUAUAAUUACUUCUGGGUCUCUAAAAAAAAGGGGGGAAACAUGCAGUGGUGUAUCGACUCUCAUAUUCUCAUAUUUACAGUCCAGCUGUGCUGUAAGCAAAAUUAAUGGACAUUUGGGAACCAAAAUGGAAAAGAUGUGCUUGAAAUGGAUCAGAAGGAAAAUCUUUUAAAGCAGAGUGUUUUGGUGAAACUCACUGGCUGACACAAUUUCUAAAACACAGGAGAAUGUGUAACAUUGGGGUUUUUUUUGUUUUGUUUUGUUUUGUUUUGUUUUUUAAAUUAAUUAUCCUGAUCAGUUAGUUUUUGUGUAGUUUUUAUCAAUAAAAUGACAACAACAAAAAGUGGUGGAAAAAAAAAUAAACAUAUUAUUUUGUGGUUGGGACACCACAGCCAAGCUACUGUUUGAAUGAU